AUGGUAUGGCAUAUUUUUUGUCAUUUUAAGGGAAGGGGGUCUUUUCAGAGUAGGGUAGGGUAUAAAAAGGUACGGAAUUGUAUGAUAGAGCAUAGCAGGGUAAAGUAGCGUCAGGUGGAAUGGGAUAGGGUAAGGCAGGGCAUGGUAGGGUACGGCAAGGCAAAGUAGAGCAAUGUAGGGUAGGGCGGGGUAAGAUAGGGCAGUGGGGGUAUAGCAGAACAGGGCAGGGUAAAUUUUUUAUUUUCAGUACAAUUGGUUUCGAAAAAUUGAUGAAGGAUAUCUAACUAUCUUGCGCAAGAUGAAUAAUCAAGACAUGGUGCUUACUGUAACUUUCAAGAGUAUUAUGGCCAGCUCGGCACCUGUAAGGGCUUUUAAAUCUUAAUGUUUUGCUUUGUAAACAAAGCUCUUGCCUUUUUUAUUUUGUAAAGAAAAUUCUUGCCAUUUUAGGUUUUGUAAAGAAAGUUUUUGCAGUGUUCAUCAGAAGUUCGAAGGGAUGCCACAGUUCGUGACCUGAAGUUUAUUUAUCAAGCCAAAAGUGGCUGUUCAAUAGAUAUGGUUCGUUUUACUUACAAUGGAAAGGAAUUACUGUAAGUUACCCUAGUAUACCUUUCUCUACCCUACCCUAAUUUACCUGAUCCUUCUCUACUCUACACCGUACCCUACUGUACCUUUUCCUAAAACGCCUUGUUCUACAUACUUUUUGACCACAUUCUCAACUUCAGAAAUGACGACGAAACCCUCGAGUCCUACGGUAUGACCAAGAACUGUGAUGUCUACAUAAGUGCUCGUAUCGAGUCCGGCCUAAUGGCUCGCACUCCACCAUCGCCUCGAGGCUUCAUAAUGGCGGCCGAAAUCAUAGGGUCCCAGAAUCCGGACACUCUGGCCAAGAUGCAAAGUCUGAGGGAUGCGAUCAAAUCCAUGCACAACAUCCCCGGCCAAACCCAAAUGGACAAACCACCGGACUUGGAAAAGAAGGAGGGGUUGUGGACGCCCGAGAAACAAAUGGAACAUCAGGUAGGGUGAAGUAGAAUAGGUUAGGGGAGGUUAAAGUAAGGUACGGUAGUUUUAGGGAAAGCUAGGCAAUUUUUUGUGUGACUGGGGUAAGGCAUGUUGGUUAAAGCAGGGUAUAGUAGGGUAGGGUGGAAUAUGGCAUAAUACUGUAGGGUAGCAUAUGGUACUGAAUAGGGUAAGGUAGGUAGGGUACGAGAGGGCGAAAAGGAUAUGGUACUGUAAGGUAAGGCAGAAUAAGGUAGGGUAAAAUAGGGUGCGGCAAAGUAUCUUAAAGUAUGGUAUGUUGGGUUAAGGUAUGUCAAGGUAUGGUAACACAACAUAGGGUAGCCUGCUAAUAAAAAUUUAUGCCUAUUUUCAGAUAACCCGUAGUAGAAUGAGAGAUCUCCUAAAACGACGUAAGGCUGCCACUUCAAAAACACCGGAUUCUGCUUUUACCAGAGACAGCGGAUCGGUUUGCAAUUCUGCACGGUAAGUAUUUUUACUAUAAGAUUUAAAAUGACAUUUAAAAGGUUAAAAUAGCCUUUUUAAAUUAUAACAGCGAGAACUUUCUUUACAAAACACAAAAUUGCAAGGACUUUCUUUACAAUGUAUUUUCAGAUCUCCAAUGUUAUCAGAGCCCGGGACUCCAAAAAGCGAGCCAAGGGCCCAGUCUAGCCUUUCAACACUGAGUACGUCACCAGCAGCCACAACUUCUGUUAGUAACUUAUCCCAGACGUCGGUAGUAGAGCCAGUAGAGAAGCCUGUGACUGAAAAGGAGCUUAAGGUAAAGUUUCAUGGCUUUUUUCAGAAUUUCCAAAAUUCCAGGUAUUUUUCGACCCGGCCGAAACAGCUCGUGACCUAAUAGUCAUCCACCAAGAGCUGUACGAUCCACCCAAGAAUCGCGAAGAGCUGGCAGUGAUCCAAGAAGCCGUGGAGCACAGACGAAGAACAACUUGUGGCGUAUGUCGAAGGAAGCUGCCCAUAAGUCAACAGUCGGUUCGAUGCCAAUGUCAACUGGCCUUUUGUUCACGUCACAAGAAUCCGGAGGAUCAUCGCUGCAGCUUCGACUACAAACUGACCGGUCGAAAGCGGCUGGUCAAGGAGAAUCCGAAAGUCACGUCUGGCGGAGCUCAUAAGGGCAAAAUUGAAUAA